AUGAACAUUUCGCAAGUGCCGUCUAGUGCUAAGUGCAGUAGUUCUGAUUUUAGUAUCGAAAGAAUUUUAAGUAGUAACGAUUCCAGAAGUCCCGAAGAAAAUAGUCAGAUUCCAAGCUGGCUAUGUUGCACGCGAUAUCAGCCUCCACGUCUUCCACGCGGACCUAACGCCUGCCGGGCGCGACGUUCCGGUCGGCAUGCGCGGGUGCCUUUCACGAGCGCGCAGGCGUCGGCGCUAGAAGCAGCUUAUGCGCGUGCGCCUUAUCUAGCCCCACCUGCGUUACGAGCUUUAGCAGCAGCUCUACAGUUACGAGAUGAUCGGAUCAAAAUAUGGUUUCAAAACAGAAGAGCUCGAGAGCGAAGAGAAAGGUCUGGGACCAUAACUCCGCCACAUGCAGUAGUGUUGCCUUCAACUGCUUCCCCACAAAGAAAUAUUUUAAACGAAGUUUGGUGCUCGUCUCCAAGUGAAAUCUAUUCAUGUGACGUAGGACAUGCACAAUCUGUAAGGGAAGGAAAUCAAUUGAAUGCUACUUUAAGCAAUUCGUUUUCAAGCGAAGAAUCUAAUGAAAGUAGAUGUGAUACGCCAUUAGAUGUAGAAACUAUAGUUGAU